UGUUUGUAUCUUGAAAUUGUGAGCAGAUCGAGAGAGGGAGCGAGCUCCAUGUUGUAACAAAGUUAUCAACAAGAAACUCCCCUUUUAAUUUGUUUUCUUUAUUUGCCAUUUUCAAAAGACAUACUUAUGCAUCAAACAUACCUGUAAAUCAAGAGGGUACGGGGGGUUUAGAGAAACCAGAAAACUAUUUAAGGCAAAAAAGGAUACGCAGGAAUUUUGGAUCUAAUGGACAAUCCGUCCACGUCUAUAAUCACCCAGGUUAGCAGAGAUGACGAGGUGACUACCCCUUUACAAGAGAACGGUGCACGGAGUACUACUUCUUCAAGAACAAAGCCUAGGAACCGAAGCAUUUGGUCCAGUCUGUUCUGCUGUUUCUGUCAGGAAGAACCAGAGGCAGUGCCCAGCAAGAAUAGUGCUUCCCCUGUGAUAGAGGAAAAUGGAACUGUAGCUAAAACUCCAUUGAGGCCCCUUCUUCCACAAGUAAAAGCCAAAGAUGCAGACAAGAUCUGUGUUGUCAUUGAUUUAGAUGAAACAUUAGUCCACAGCUCUUUUAAGCCAGUAAACAAUGCUGAUUUCAUCAUUCCAGUUGAAAUUGAUGGAAUUGUUCAUCAGGUUUAUGUAUUAAAGCGGCCACAUGUUGAUGAAUUUCUAAAACGCAUGGGGGAACUUUUUGAAUGUGUGCUCUUCACUGCUAGUUUAGCAAAGUAUGCCGAUCCUGUUGCUGAUUUAUUGGAUAAAUGGGGUGCAUUCCACUGCAGAUUGUUCAGGGAAUCUUGUGUAUUUCAUCGAGGCAACUAUGUCAAAGACCUGAGUCGACUUGGCCGUGACUUGAACAAGGUCAUCAUUAUUGACAACUCUCCUGCAUCCUAUAUUUUUCAUCCAGAUAAUGCUGUGCCUGUAGCCUCCUGGUUUGAUGAUAUGUCUGACACAGAGCUGCUAGACCUUCUCCCUUUCUUUGAGAAACUCAGUAAAGUGGACGAUGUCUACACAGUACUCAAACAGCAAAGGACUAUAAGCUAGCAAAUACGGACUUUUAACUAAAAGGAUGGGCUGGUAUUUUUAAAUGUCACUCCUAUAAGUGGGAGUAGCCAAAACUGCCUUUUCGUUGAUCUACCCUGAAUUCCAUGGAAGAAAGAGUGGUGGAAGGAAGCCAGAAGGAAGAUGAUUGGGUGAAAUUUGGAAAAAGGGGGUAGAAUACUGAAGCAAGCACUUCAUGGACAGAUGUACAGAACUUUUUUAACACUUGAAUUUGUGUUAUUUUUUUCUGAGUUAAUCUUUUUUUAUUUUUUUAAGAAAGUUGAGGGUUGUUGGUUCAUUCUAUUAAAGGAACAAUAUAACCUUGGUGAUCUAAAUUAAUUUUUAUAUGGACAGCUCUAACUUUGUUUAUGGAAUGCAACCAUUGAUCAAUGGUUUCUGUAGGUAAAAUUUUUUGUUGUGCAGGCAUUAAGGCUUGGUUUGCAAGAAUACUAUUAUAUAGUUUUGACCUUGCCAAGCGUUCCUUUCUUACAUGUGGAAACUAUGCAAAAAAUAACUGUAGUUGAAAAGUUAGAAAUAAAUCAACAAAUUAACAGAACAGGAUAUUCUACUUUAUAGUUGGAAAUGUUAGACUAAACUCCUUUACACGGUGUUUAGACUGUAAUUGCUUAUAGUGGAAUAAAUAAUCCACUAUGCUGAACUUGUAUUGUUCCUUUACAAAGAGAAAAUAACAUUUGUUGGCAGCCUAAUGUGUUAAGUAUUAGAACCAGGAGUAUCUCCAUAUUGUUUUUGAUACUGAUUCACCGAUUUGCCUUAACCUCUUUUUAGGUGAUCUUUUAAAUUCCUUUUUUGGCUGUAUCACCUCCACAGUAUCAUUCUAAAUUUGAUGUCUCAAGUUAGGGUCCAAAAAUGACCACUGACCAAGAAGAUGGAAAUGCUAUGUAUUAAGUGUGUUGUUUCUAUACUGUGCCACGGCUUCACCCUUUCACAAGAAGUCAUGUCUGGUGAGGGUGAUAAACAGAAAGUCUGGCAGCCGUUACUGAACUGUUCACAGAGGAGCCCUGCAAGUGCCAAUAAGACAUAUAGGGACAUUGUUAAAGUCUGCAGAUGGCAGAAAAAGCAAAUGUUCAUUUUACACUUGAUUUUCUUGUUGAGUUUAAACGUUUUCAGCUAAGCAGUGUCUGUAAAUUUUUGCUCUUGUUUUUCAUGGUCUCUAUGCUGGGGUCAAAACUUUACACUGUAAAAAGUAAGAACUUAAUUCUGAAAAUAGAAAAGGUAAGUUAAAUUAAAAAUGUGUUUUUUUACUUUUUUUUUUUUUGUUUUGUUUUGUUGGCUGUUGAGCGACUGGAAAUAGAGAAAAUCUGUUCUAUUCUAGUCUUCAAUGGCUGCAUCUGCCUUAUCACAUUUACUCAUUACUCGUUAGAGAAAUUAUGGCAAAGAAAGAUGUGUGCUCAUUGGAUUAAGAAAAAAGGAUUUGGUAUCUACCUUCACUGGAUUUUUUUCCUUUUAAUUUUAUUGGAGAUGUAUAAAAAGAAAUCUUUAGUGCUGAGAUGUGCUACAGACUUGCUAUGUGAAUUUAACGUGCCCUUUUCCUUCCAGAACAAUCAAAAUCUGUUUUUCACUUACAUUUUUGAAUUGCUAUAGCAGAGGAAUCUUGUACAAAGGAACGCUCUGUAACUAAACAUAUAGGCACAUAAAUUGUUAAAGCAGUCUUUUUACCCAUUUGCUUCAAAUUCAAUUUGUAUAGGCUCGAAUUGUGUCUCAUUUAUUAAAUCAUUAUUAUUUAAUGAUAUGGGUAUCACAUGUUAACUUUAGGCUUAUGUAGAAAAAUGCAUACUUUUGAAAUAUGUUUGCCACAACAUACUGCGGAAAGGUUAAGGUCUUCUGUUGCCUUAAUCAUAACAAAUGUCAUAUUUAUAUGCUGGACAGUGAAUUAAAGUUCAGUUUUCACUGGAAUUCCAGUUUGGGUCUUGCUGCCUGUUUCCCUAAUUGGCAGGGUACAGUCUCUCAAUAAAGAGAAUGGGAAAGUUCCAGGAAUAGUCUCCAAAUAACAGUAUUGUUGAGGAAAAUUCUGGUAUAUCCAGUUUAAGCUAAUUCUGUUUUAUUUUCUUUUAAGUUCAGAUUUUAAGUUUUGGAUCAAGUGGUUUCUGUGAAAAGUAUUUUACCUCAAAUGUCUGUUUGCACAAACAUUUUUUAUUUUUCAAAAUUUUGUCAGUUAUGGAAUUUUUUUUUAAAGUUGUUUUAUAACAGAUGCCAUCGUGUUUUGUUAUGAGUGACUAAGCUGUUUAACUCUUAUUGUGGACCUAAUUGAUUAAACUGAAUCUUUCCUUGAUAAUGUGAGAGAUUUUUUACUGAACAUUCUAGUAAAGAUGCAGUAUCUCAUAUUCCGCUUCUACUUCAGCAGUUGAUCUACAGGAUAAACCUAUUAAUACUACACAGUCUGUGCAGUUUAGUUUAAGAGCUUCCAUUGUACAUGGUUGUUCACAUUGAAAUUUGCUUGUACAUUCUUUGACAUUGUAUUUAUGGUCCUGAUAUUUACUGUAUUUAAUAAUUGUUUAUUUAAAUGCAGUUAUAUUUUUGGUAUUUUCACUUUUGAAUUCAGACAAAAUUGGCAUUAAUAUAUGGGUUGUUAUACUUGUGAUUUGGGAACACUGAGUUUAAAUUAAACUGUUGUAAGUAUGUUGUGAUAAUGUUUCCUUAUAAUUGUAUUCAAUGUGUAAUUCCAUAAUUAAGAAAUUUUAUUCAUUAAUGUACAA